AUGCUCUGUAUGAAACAAAAAUACGGAAUUGAAGAUCGUACAGACUGGCCUCCACCAAUCAGCUUUUCAGAAUUCACAAAUUCCGUUCCGUACAAAAUCAAAAAAUAUGGAAUCGAAGAUCGUACAGACUGGCCUCCACCAAUCAGCUUUUCAGAAUUCACAAAAUUCCAUAAAGCCAUCAAAUAUGCUAAUGCAGCAAAACCACAAAAUACAACAAAAAAUACAAGAUUAUGGUAUAGUCAGUUUGAAGAAUUUGUUAAUGAUACACGACCUGCUAUUGACAUUAUUUGA